AUGGCGUCGCGCGCGCUCGCGAACCUGCUCGUCGCCGGCGGCGCCGCGCUCGCGCGCGCGGCGUCGCAGGCGUACCGCCAGGCGCUCGCGAACGCGCAGCGCACGGGCGUCGCGAGCGAGGCGGCGAACGCGGCGUCGGGCGCGCGGGGGGCGUUCGGGAGGAAGGCGAUGACGGCGGAGGAGGCGCGACUCGUGCUGGGGGUCGAGGCCUCGGCGACGUACGCCGAGGUGCUCGCGCGGUACGAGCGGCUGUUCGCGAGCAACGAAAAGGGUGGGUCGUUUUACCUGCAGAGCAAGGUGUACAGGGCGCGGGAGAGCCUGGAGAGAGAGUACGACGAGGAG